AGAAGUUCUGCAUUCAACUGGCUCUCUUUUUCCUCCCACAAUGUCAAAUUUAGUAUCAACUAAAUAAGGAUUGGUAGAAACAGUGGAAACAAACGAGAAGGUUGAAUAUUAGCUACUUAGAUAAUUGCCCUCAUCUCCCGUAAACUGACUUUGGGAUCCCAGUAAAGAUGGUCACUCUGGACUUUAAGACACUGACAGCGCCGGUGGGCAUUGUACGUCAGCUGGAGGUCAUCUUCACUUGUAUUUCUUUCAGCUUGGUGGCCUCUUUGGGCCACCAAGCUGACUCCUUCUGGACAUGGUGCCUGUUUACCUGGUGCUUUUGUUUUUGCAUCACUUUGCUUAUCCUCAUCAUGGAAUUCACUAGCCUCAGCACAAAGCUGCCCAUCUCCUGGGGUGAUUUCACCAGUGCUUUUGCUAUGUUGGCAACCCUGAUGGUGUUUGCAGCAUCCACCUUAUACUCCAUCUUCCCCACUUGUUCAACCUGUGGCAGGAAGAUUGGGGCCUCCGUUACCUCCUAUCUGACAUUUGUCCUGUACGCUGUAGAAGUUGGUAUGACUCGGGCCAAAGCUGGAGAGAUCAGUGGAUUUCUUUCCACUGUUCCAGGCCUUCUCAAGGUUCUGGAGGCAUUUGUGGCCUGUAUUAUCUUCAUCUGCUUGGGCUACAAUGACUACUCCAGAUUUCCAGGUCUGCAGUGGUGUGUUGCGGUCUACUCCAUUUGCUUCAUUUUUGCCCUCCUUGUCAUCAUUUUAACCAUCUGCCGCUUGCUCUCUGUCUUCCCGGCUCCUUUUGAUAAAGUCCUGAUAGUCUGCAAUGUGCUGGCUGUGCUGAUGUACAUCACAACAGUCGUCAUUUGGCCAUUGUACAGCUUUCAGAACUCAUCCAAACCAAGCUGCCCCUCCGUCUUCUGUCCAUGGAAUAUUUUAGUAGUUAUCUCAUUCAUGGCAUGUGUUAACCUUGUUGCCUACAUUGUGGAUACAUUUUAUUCUUUCAGGCUGGUUUUCUUCACCCACGAAACAUAAGAAUGCUUUGUUGUUUGUCCUUCAUUCUGAUUUUUGACCACACCACCUGCAAUUUGAACUUAAUAUGUGAGAAGUGAUGCUGUUGUGCAUUCUUGUGUCGAAACGGGUACAAAACUGAAUACUCUUUAGAGGUAAUUUACAAACCUACCAGAUUAAUUAAAUUUGAUUUAAUGUGACCAAGGCUUAAACACAUUUCACCUCCUAUAUUGUCAAGUCACAGCUUUUAAAUGAGUUUAAAAUGCUUAUACUUGUGUAAAUAUCAGUGCUGAAAUACAAAGAGAGGAGGGCGUAAUAACAAUUUUAUUUUUAAUCACGUGUGAUUUGUGAUGUUCUACAUUGUAUAUCCAGUUUUUUUCAAGAAAUGUUUUCCGCACCAUUUAUGUGUAUAAGCUGCUUCUUUUCUUCAAAUACAAUCACAGAUACAAUUAUACUCAUAGUAUUGUAUGAUUUCCAAUAGAAAAUAUUGCAUUAGUUGUUGUUAAGGAAUUGUUUGACAUUCAAAAUCUUACAAAAAAAUUACUUUUCCUUGGUGUCGUGUUUGGCAUCUUUAAACAAUAAACACACACAAUAUGUGAUGAUGCAGAAAGAGAGGAAAUUGUGUCAAAUUUGGCUAAGUGUAUCAUUAUAAGUUUUAUGUCUUCGUCUAAAGUGCUACUAAUAAGCAACAUAAAAACACAGACAUCACAGUUGAUGUUCAUGCAUAAAUGUUGUCAUAAAUACUUAAAUUUUUGUUUAAUUCGAUUACGUUGAAGAUGUGAAAAGUAAUCCUGAUUCAUGACAGAAAAUGUAUUAAGAUUAAAGAUUCA